AAUGGUAUAUAUACAUUUGACGUUUUGUUGCGAAAUAUUUUCUUGGAAAACAUGAUAGUCAGGAUUAAAAUUGUAAUGUAAAUCGGAUAAAUGUAAACAAAUCGGAUAAAAUAUUAUUUAAAACAAUGAAGAACUCCAGCGAUUCCGAGGAGGAAUUUUUCGAUGCAGAAGAGGACACGCCAAACCGUUUUAUGAAAAAACGGUCGCCAAAAACUCAAUUGGGUGAAGGUUUUGUGUUUCCCGAUGCCAACAAAACAAUCGAUGAAGUGGAACUCCAGAAACCAUUAAGAUCGCAUACAAAUCAGUCCAGUCAGGAUCAUGAAUUUGUGGAACCCAAAAUGUCCGGUAGACAACGUUUUCGUGACUUACGUCAAUGCAUGCAAAAUGAUGAGGAUGAAAAUCCUGGAAAUACGUUGACGCCUGACUCGCAGAACAGCUCAGUUGAAGGUGUAUUCACGCAACCCAGACCGACACAUCCAUUUCGUAUAAUCGAAAAUGAUGCAAUCAGUAUUCACAGCAUGACAUCGUUGGGUCGCGUCGGUCGUAUUCUAGCCGGAAGUGUGGAUGUGUCCAAUAUUAGCAUUGAAAAGGAAUCCUCUCAGUCAACAGCAUCGUCAAACGCACCACAGUCAAUGAAUCCGUCAACCGGUUCAAAUUCACCUGAAGCCAAGAAACCGGAUGACAAUGCGACGAAAGAAGAUAAUCGUGAUUCACCCGUACCAUUAGCCGUCGAUAGUAAUAACAUAGUAUUUCAAGAACCGGACGUUAUAGCCAGCACAAAAUUAGCUCAUUCGAAAACCACUGACAGUUUGACGUCGGCGGGUCCUAUUGCUCCACCACGUCGGAAGAAGAAAACGCGCAAGCUAUCCACCAGUUCAUCGGAACAGUUUAAUAUAAACGAAGGAUUCAAACUGCCCCCAGUAGAUAAUCAAGAGAAACUCGUCGUACAAUUACCUACCAAAUAUGACGCAUCCAAUACAACUGAAACUACUUCGCUCGUUAGUCCGGCAACAGCGGCAAUUGAAUCGCUGACACGCGAAAUUGAAAAUUCUUUCACCGAGGCAACACUUUCGCUGAAAAGUCAGUCCAGUGGAUCGAUGGGUCGAAUUUCUCACUCGCUGGGGAAUUCGUCCACUUCCGUUUACUCGAAACCCAGCCCAUCAAAUAGCUCCAAGAGUAAUUCAGCGCCGGGCAGAGUAGCUAGCACAAUUGAUCCGAAUCAAGGUUUGAAUCUGUAUAAGGCGACCAGGGGCCAAUAUGUGGUCAAGCCACAGGAUGAUGCAGCAAAUAAGGCAGAAGGACCAUCAAAAGAAGAAAUGGAACGAAUUGAUCGUAUUCGAGCCGAAAUACUCGGUACGAAUUCUAAGGAGCGGUUAAAUUUCGCUGGAACGGGAACGAAUAGUCUUGGCAGUGGUAUGCGAUAUGCACCAAUUAUUUCUAGUUUCCAGCAAGCUAAAGAGAGACGAAAAUCUGCAGGCGACGAAGAUAUACUAAAGCAACUGAAUAUUUAUGUGCGAACUCGAACCGAUUCUGGAAAACAGUUGACAGACUUUGAAAUACUCGAACAAGUGCCGGUUAAGAAUUUAGAUACUGGCGAAAAGAUUCCGUUGUCAGCCGUUAAACCGCCACCACCACCAGACGGAUGGAAUCCACUGUCUUUGCACAUCCAUAAAUUGACUAGUCACUUGGAGCCACCAUUGGAAAAAGAAUCGGAUGAAGAAAGUGUUAUUGGCAUACCACCCGAAACUGAACCGCCUCAAAUGGAUGAGGACGAAGGGGACAAUGAAGAUGGCGGCAGAUUGAGAAAGAAAACUGCUCGACUAAAGCGAUUCAUUGGGUCAACAAUGAGAAAAACCGUUGACAAAGCCAAGUCCAUUGCGUCGGAGGUAUCGCAUGCACGACAUAAGGAAGAUGUGGCCGAUAUUAUCGAUGUGGUCAAUCCAGAACAAAACAUUAAAAUCAAAGCGUCCAGCACAAAUAAGGGACCGUAUGAAUUCACGAAAUUGCAACACGUUCAAGACCUCUCCGGUGAACACACCGGCGCUGUGUGGUGCAUGAAAUUUAGCUCGUGCGGACGAUUGUUGGCUACGGCCGGUCAGGAUCGGGUUUUACGAAUUUGGGUACUCAAAGACGCCUAUCCGUUUUUCCAAGACAUGCGCAACAAAUACAAUGCUGAUCAAAAGGCGUCACCGACGCCCUCACAAGAAUCGCUCGUGUCACACAAUUCGGCGGAAGAAGCAAUUGCGUUACAGACGGCCGCCGACCAAUCAUCCGGACCGUUUAUGCCAAAAGCUUUUUGCUCGUACACCGGGCACACAUCUGACUUACUCGAUGUGUCGUGGUCGAAGAACUAUUUCAUCCUGUCAAGCUCAAUGGAUAAAACCGUACGUUUGUGGCACAUUUCUCGCCGUGAAUGCUUAUGCUGUUUCCAGCACAUUGAUUUUGUAACAGCCAUAGCAUUUCAUCCGCGUGACGAUCGUUACUUUUUGAGCGGAAGUCUCGAUGGUAAAUUACGGUUAUGGAAUAUACCGGACAAGAAGGUCGCACUGUGGAACGAGGUGGACGGACAAACAAAACUAAUAACGGCAGCUAACUUUUGUCAGAAUGGAAAAUUCGCUGUGGUCGGAUCGUACGACGGUCGUUGCUUGUUUUACAAUACCGAUCAGUUGAAGUAUCACACACAAAUCCAUGUACGAUCGACGCGAGGUCGCAAUAAAACGGGCCGCAAAAUCAGUGGCAUUGAACCGAUGCCGGGCGAAGAUAAAAUUUUGGUCACAUCAAACGAUAGUCGGGUGCGGCUGUAUGAUUUGCGUGAUUUGAAUUUGAGUUGUAAAUAUAAAGGCUAUUCUAACGUGUCAUCCCAAAUCAAAGCAUCGUUUAGUCACGAUGGGAAGUAUAUUAUUGCCGGUUCGGAGAAUCAAUGUAUUUAUAUUUGGAAAACGAACCACGACUACUCCAAACUGAGUUCGGUUCGACGGGAUCGUAGUGAUUUUUGGGAAGGUAUUAAAGCACACAACGCAACUGUUACCUGUGCAAUAUUUGCACCUCAUCCGGAGGCCAUAAUCAAGUCCGAACCAGACGAUGAUGAUAUAUCUAGAGUUAGUAAUCCAACGCCCACCACAACGGAUCCAAUGGUUGAGCAGCGAAAGAAGAGUUGCGGAUAUGUGCUAAUCAGUGCGGAUUUUAAUGGUGCGAUCAAAGUAUUCGUCAAUAAAACAAAACCGAAGCACAGCAGUCUGCCCUAUACGGCCAUUCUGGACGAUUAGAUUUUAUUGAAAUUGAAGUGACGGAAAAUCGAACCAGUAUAUACAGGCUUGAUGGGCGUUUCCUU